AUGAGAGAGAUUAUUCACAUAUCGACGGGUCAAUGUGGUAACCAGAUCGGAGCUGCGUUUUGGGAAACGAUCUGUGGGGAACAUGGAUUAGACUUCAACGGGAAUUACCAUGGUGUAGAUGAUCUUCAGAAGGCGCGUUUGGGUGUUUAUUUCAAUGAGGCUUCUUCUGGGAAGUGGGUUCCACGUUCAGUGAAUGUGGAUUUGGAACCGGGCACUAUUGAUGCAGUAAGAAACUCUAAUAUUGGAAAUCUGUUUAGACCGGAUAACUAUAUCUUUGGACAGUCUUCUGCAGGGAAUGUGUGGGCCAAAGGUCAUUAUACUGAAGGUGCAGAGUUGGUUGAUUCUGUGAUGGAUGUUAUCAGACGCGAAGCUGAAGGUUGUGAUUCUUUGCAAGGUUUCCAGAUUACUCACUCUCUUGGUGGUGGUACUGGUUCUGGUAUGGGUACUUUGUUGAUCUCCAAGAUCAGAGAAGAGUUCCCAGAUCGUAUGAUGGCUACUUUCUCGGUGGUUCCUUCACCAAAGACUUCUGACACUGUUGUGGAACCUUAUAAUGCGACUCUGUCUGUGCAUCAGCUGGUUGAACAUUCGGAUGAAACUUUUUGUAUCGAUAACGAAGCGUUGUACGAUAUUUGUCAGAGAACUUUGAAAUUGAGUCAACCUAGUUAUAGCGAUUUGAACAAUUUGGUGUCCAGUGUCAUGUCUGGUGUUACGACAUCGUUGCGUUAUCCUGGUCAAUUGAACUCUGAUCUGAGGAAGCUUGCUGUUAAUUUGGUUCCUUUCCCAAGAUUACAUUUCUUUAUGGUUGGUUAUGCACCUUUGACUGCGAUCGGUUCACAAUCUUUCCGUUCGUUAACCGUUCCAGAAUUGACUCAACAGAUGUUUGACGCCAAGAAUAUGAUGGCUGCCUCCGAUCCAAGAAACGGUAGAUAUUUGACUGUUGCUGCUUUCUUUAGAGGUAAAGUCUCUGUGAAGGAAGUCGAAGAUGAAAUGCACAAGGUUCAGACAAGAAACUCUUCGUAUUUUGUAGAAUGGAUUCCAAAUAAUGUGCAAACAGCACUAUGUUCUGUGCCACCAAAGGGUCUAGACAUGUCUGCCACGUUUAUCGGUAACUCUACAUCGAUCCAAGAGCUAUUCAAGAGGGUUGGUGAUCAAUUUAGCGCCAUGUUCAAAAGAAAAGCCUUCUUGCAUUGGUACACGAGUGAAGGUAUGGACGAAAUGGAGUUUUCUGAAGCAGAGUCUAACAUGAACGACUUGGUUAGCGAAUAUCAACAAUACCAAGAAGCAACGGUCGAAGAUGACGAAAACAUCGAUUACGCUACCGAGGACCAACCAAUCGCUGAGAAUUUUGAAUAG